CGUUCCGCCGUCAGUCGCUGGCGAUGCGUUGCCCUGUUCGUGUGUUGUGUUUGUGUUUCCUGAUGUCAUUCGGUUCCGUCGUCGCCGUUGGGCCACCCCUUUAGACCCUUCAAUCGCUGUCCCCGCCGUGAUAUCAUUUCGCAUCAUUUGACGUCAUUGUUUAACCCUUUUUAUCCGUGCGCCUCCUCCUUCGAUAUUGACAUUUGGACAGCGACUGUAGCCGUAAAAGUUUCUAAACCGAAGAGGCGAAGUGACACGUCGUGUCCAGACAUCUUUUCCGCGGGAACGAACGUUAAUCGAGACACGAGGAAAAUGUGAAAACUCGAAAGUAUCUCUUCCGGAAACUACGUCGUUGAUGGUGUGAAUGCGGAAUUACGCGCGACUGUUUCCGGCACAAGGAUUAUACUUGACGACGCAAAAUGGAGACGUCACUCGUGAUUCUCGCCGAGAGAGAUUUCUCGAAGUGUCGCGAAGACGUCGAACGUGGCGGCGUCCGGUAUCUCUGAAGGGAAGAUGCACUUUACGAAGAUGCACGGGUGAUACGGGACAGGCUCCGACAAAAUGUUGAUCAAGGAAUAUCGCAUACCGUUGCCUCUCACGGUAGAGGAGUAUCGAAUCGCUCAGCUGUACAUGAUAGCGAAAAAAUCACGGGAGGAGAGCAAGGGUGCCGGUAGCGGCGUGGAGAUAAUCGAGAACGAGCCGUAUAGCAACGGGCCGGGCGGUAGCGGGCAGUACACACACAAAAUUUAUCAUGUGGGCAGUCACCUGCCGGGCUGGUUCAAGAGCCUCCUGCCCAAGUCGGCGUUGAUCGCCAAAGAGGAGGCAUGGAACGCCUAUCCGUACACCAAGACCCGCUACACGUGCCCGUUCGUGGAGAAGUUCUACGUCGAGAUAGAGACCUAUUACUUCCCGGACGACGGCCACCAGGAGAACGUCUUCAAUCUCACCGGCAGUGAUUACAGGAACAGGAUCGUGGAUCUGAUCGACAUUGUCAAGGAUCAGCCCUACGGAACCGACUACUUGAAGGAGGAGGACCCCAAGUUAUACGUGUCGGAGAAGACCGGAAGGGGCCCGCUGGAGGACACGUGGCUCGAGGAUUAUUGGGCCGAUGUGGAAGGAAAGCAACAGCCAACGCCGUCGGGAAAGUCACUAAUGUGCGCGUACAAGCUAUGCCGAGUAGAGUUCCGUUAUUGGGGCAUGCAAACGAAAUUAGAAAAGUUCAUACACGACGUAGCUUUGCGGAAGACGAUGGUGCGGGCGCACAGGCAGGCCUGGGCCUGGCAGGAUGAGUGGAACGGUCUGACGAUGGAGGACAUCAGGGAGAUCGAGCGGCAGACGCAACUCGCGCUGCAACGGAAGAUGGGCCUGGGUGAUUCUGCGGAAGAUGAGCUCGAGGACGAGGGUCGAAAGGCGAACGCGACAACGACGACGGCAACCACAACGGCGACGGUGACGCCGGCGAAUACAACGAUGGCGGAGUCGGCGGUAGCCAAGACGCUGGCGGCCACCCUGGGCAGCAUCGAGAAAAACGAAGAGAUGCAGAGUCCGCUUUCCGUCAGGAAACCAUCUGACAUUCCCAUCAUCAACACGGCAGGCAGCUCCGAGGGUGAGAUCAGUCCUGAGGACUCGCCGGUCGAUCUGAAUGAGAUCAAAAAUGUGACCGCCGAUGAAAAGGAUGCCAAGAAGGACUGGAUGAAAAACAACAUGCCCUUGCACUCGCCAAAUUCGAAUAAGAAUUUCGACAUACAGAUCGCGAAUUGGAGGAUGGAGAGUAUCGUCAGGGAGUCCGAAUCCGGCAGUGAUGACGAGUUCUUCGAUUGUCAGGCUGGGUUCAUUAUACCUGUUAUACGCAAAGAGGACUUUGAAGAUAGCUCUUCAUUAGCUAAAUGGAGUUCUUUGGAUCUUCUAGCAGAAGGGGAGGACACGACUAUGCGGACACCGUCUGCGGCAAACGAGCAAGAAGAUACAAUAUUUUCACCAUCAUAUCUGCAGCGUAUUACUAACGAACGAAGCAGUAAAAGAUUGCAGAUCAAUACCUCAGCGAGCAUCGACGUGUCGUGUCCAACAUCCCCUCAACAUUCUCCUACGCAUCAACCAUGCAAAAUUACUGUUUUAAUUAUCGUGGUACAUGGUGGCAGUGUUUUAGACGCGAAUGUCGAUUUAACAGCGAAAAAGUCAGACAUAACGACAUUUCGCGGAGCUUUUGAAUCCGUUAUGAGACAACAUUAUCCUAGCAUGGUCGGUCACAUAUCGGUUAAAUUUGUCGCUUGUCCUUCGAUUUGUACUGAGGCUUUAGGAAUUUUGUCAAGUUUGAGUCCAUACAGCUUUGACAUGUCGCCUUCAUGCAUGGACGUUCCACAAGUGACGCACGAUACCAUUCCGAUCGGUGCAAUUCCGUUACUAGCGAGUUCGAAUUCCGAAUAUCAGGAUGCGGUAUCGCGCGUGGUGAUGAGCGCCAAUCAAGUGUAUCACGACUUUAUUAAGAGCAACGAGGGUAAAGGGUUUAACGGACAGAUCUGUUUUGUGGGAGACUCGGUUGGGUCAAUCUUGACCUACGACGCCUUGUGCAGAGCGACACAGCACUCGAGACACAGCAGCGAGAAUAGUAUUCUAGAGGGUAGCGGCCAGCAGGGUAAUGACAAUGGCGGAAACGCCGAAGAUGGCAAGCAUCUGUCCGCGCCAUCUCCUAGAAGAAGGUCUUCCGGUACGAGUGACAACAAGCUUGACUUUGAGGUGGGUGACUUUUUUACAUUUGGCAGUCCGCUUGCGUUAGUCCUCGCUUACAGGAAGAUCGCCAGCGACAAGAAUAGUUUCAUUCCCAGACCGUUAGUCAAUCAAGUGUACAAUCUGUUUCAUCCCACGGAUCCCGUGGCCGUGAGAUUGGAACCUUUGAUCUCGGCGAGGUUUUCGUUGAUCCCGCCGGUUAAUAUUGCCCGAUAUCAAAAGUACCCGCUCGGCAACGGCCAGCCUUAUCAUUUGCUGGAAACUAUCCAGACUAAUCCGCAAUUAUUCGCUGAUGGAUUGAAUGUUCCCAAUCUUCAAGUGUCGCAUUUAAGAAGAUUAUCCGAUAUAUCACUUCAAAGUACAAUGUCAGGCAUUAUCGACAAUGUUCCUUUACAGGCAGUGUCUGCCCUGAUGCAAAAAUGGUGGGGUACUAAGAGACUAGAUUAUGCGCUCUACUGUCCAGAGGGUCUUGCUAAUUUUCCUACAAACGCCUUGCCUCAUCUCUUCCAUGCUAGUUAUUGGGAAUCUUCGGACGUGAUUGCGUUCAUUUUGAGACAAUUGGGCAGAUUUGAUUUGCCACUACUCGGCAACGAGGAGAAAGAUCUCACUUGCUUCCGUCCAGGUCAACCCAGAGAAAAAUGGAAUAAAAAGCGUACCUCCGUUAAACUUAAGAAUGUUGCUGCCAAUCACAGAGCGAAUGAUGUCAUCGUGAGGGAAGGUGCACCACAAGUAUUAGUUGCUAGGUUUAUGUACAGUCCUAUUGAUAUGAUAACUUUAACAGGUGAGAAAGUUGAUAUCCAUAUUAUGAAAAACGCACCGGCCGGUGAAUGGACGUAUCUUUCUACCGAGGUAACUGAUAAGAAUGGUAGAAUAAUUUACGAAAUACCAAGUGACAAAGCGCUAGGCUAUGGACUUUAUCCGAUAAAGAUGGUUGUAAGGGGAGAUCAUACAUCUGUAGACUUUUUCAUGGCUGUGAUACCGCCGAAAACUGAAUGUGUGGUUUUUAGCAUAGACGGCUCUUUUGCCGCUAGUAGGUCAGUGAGUGGUAAAGAUCCGAAAGUUUGGGCUGGUGCCGUUGACGUUGUAAGGCAUUGGCAAGAGUUGGGUUAUCUCAUUAUUUAUAUUACCGCGAGACCAGAUAUGCAACAGCAGACAGUGGUUUCUUGGUUGUCGCAGCAUAAUUUUCCUCAUGGUCUCGUCUCAUUUGCCGAUGGUCUGUCGAGGGAUCCGCUCGCCCACAAAGCUGCCUACUUGAAUAAGCUUGUGAAGGAGCAUGGUAUGAUAAUUCAUCAGGCGUACGGCAGCGAGAAGGACAUUAAUGUGUACACGGCGAUAAGUCUCAAACCGAGCCAGAUCUUCAUCAUCGGCAAAGUAUCCAAGAAGCAUCAAGCUAUGGCGACAAUACUGUAUGACGGAUAUGCCGCUCAUUUGAGCAUGCUGCAGGCGCAUGGGGGUUCGCGGCCUGCUCAAGGCAACGCACGCAUGGUAAUCCCCAGAGGUCAAUUUGGUUUACCAGGACAGAAUUCUUCCCUGCGUCGACGAAGCUCUUUUAGGACGGCGAAGCGUGCAAUCUCGCAACCACCCCUAGGCAAGGCACCCUUCCCGUUGGAGCGAUCUACGAGCGUGGGCCCAUCCGUCGCGCCUGCAUCAUCAGCCAAUGUUCAUCAAUCAGCAGCAACCGAGAAACUCUGACGAUUUGCUCGCUGCCGCUCGUUCUUCGAGUCGCGGCGGUAGCUCGUGAAGAAAGGACACGAUUACGAUUCUUGGUUCCGUAUCCGGUAGUUCCUUUAUUCCGUAGAUCUUUUAUUUCGCGAUGAUCUUAUAGAUUUUUACGCAAAAUUUGCGUGCGAGUCACAAUUCACAAUAAUAAUAUCACUGACAUUUCGUAUUAUAGAUUCUUUAUCUCCUGUAGAUCUUCGCUGACACAUGUAGAUGUUGUUGUCUCAUUUCGUCGUAUCUCAUGUCGUGAAUCUUUAAUCUAUUUUCGCAGAUUUAUAUGGUACUAUAGAUACCUUAGCCUUCUCGAUCUUGAGCAUUUUUAGUUUUGCAUGAGUGCUAGUUCGUAAUAACUUUUAUGAUAUCGUAAAAUAAUCGUAUUUGUUCGUUUUUGCAGAUUGUACUGUUAAAUCUCAAAAUGUUGGAUUUUCCAAAAA